UCGGUUCCUAAUCCCCCACCACUGAUAUACUGAAUAUCAUAUCGGGCCCAAGCCCAGAUUUUCGCCAGUGUACCUGCAGUUGUGACUGAUCCGUCUGAGUGUAAAUAGUUUACGUAAUCCUACAAAUUCCCUCGCUGUCUCUCACCACGUGAACAUCAAAAGCCGUAAAAUGUCGGAGUUGACAAUUGACAAUGCCCUUCUUGAAAAAAUUAUUCGGAAAUAUAAGGAGGACGCUACAGUUGAGGUGGCUGCUGUGGAUUACAAAGCUCUUGGUGCAAAAGGCGGUAAUUACACAAGUGCAAUCCAACGUAUUGUUGUCAAGUACACAGUUGAAGGCGAUGGGGAUGACGCUGAGAAGGAGCUAUCACUCUUCAUGAAGUAUUUGCAUAUCCAGGAGAGUGAGGCUGUAACAGCAAUGCUCCAAAAUGUGUACCAGUACGAGAUGGGGAUAAUGACGGAACCCCUGAAGCACAUCAAUCAAAUGCUCACUGUAGCAUAUGUACCUCGUCUGUUGUACUUUCAUCUGGAGGAGCCCUACUUCGUGAUCUUGGAGGAUCUGAUGCCCCUCGGCUUCACGAUGGCGAGUCGAGCCACAGGUCUAGAUUUGCCGCAUUCUUUAGUGGCAAUCCGUGGUCUUGCAGAGUUCCACGGUAGCUCCGUGGCUGUCUACGAAAAGAUGCCGGAGUAUAGGGACACAUUCAAACUGAGCACGCUCGACGAUCCCAACCAGGCGAUCUAUCAAUUAUUCAAUCACGGGCUGAUUUCACUUGAGACUGCGAUUUCUGGGUGGGAGGAACUUGGCCCCAGAUAUGCCGAGAAACUGCGGAGCCUCAGGAAUGUACUGUUCGAAAAGUGCAAGAGGGCUUUCGGUCGUCGUGAGAAUGAAUUCACUGUUCUCAACCAUGGAGAUUGCACGCAACUGAAUAUGUUGUUCGCGUAUGAUGAUAAUAAAAAACCUACUGAUGUUGCAUUGGUGGACUUCCAAAUGACCGCUUAUAACUCCCCAGCAGUCGAUUUACGGACCUUCAUGUCAAGCAGUGUGACUCAAGAUGUAUAUCAACACCAUGAAUACUCACUGCUCGAAGAGUAUCACUCAGUAUUAUCAGAAACAAUGAAGAACUUGCAUUGCAAAACACCGAUACCUUCUCUGGAGGAAAUUGAGAAGAUGUACGAUGACAGGGCAUUCAUCAGUGUUAUCUCAACAUGUAUUGUCUAUCCAAUUAUCCAUGCUCCAGCGUCUGACGUCCUUCCUCUCGAUGACAUGCUGUCCGAUCGUUCGGAGGACAGUGGCAGCCGCUACGAGGAGAAACACUUCAAGGAGUUGUUGAUAGCUCGUCUCAUCGAGUUUGAUCAGCGCGGAUUGCUGGAAUCGUGAUGGAAAGAUAAAAAUUUUGAACAAUUUAAAACUUACUAAAAAUGAAGAAAAGAAAAAUUAAAAAAUAACAAUGAAAAAUAAUUGAAAAUAGAUAUUAUAAGUUAUUUAGGGAAGAUAGGGAGUCUUAUAACUUAUAGAAAAGAUGCGAUCUUAUCUGAUGUGAUAUUAAUAAUUCCGUUGUUAAAUUUUAUAUAUAUUUAAUUUGAUCCUGUAAUUGGCCUUGCGCUGUUGGGUCUU